GUGGCACUGGGGGCCCCGGCACCUUUGUAGAGGCGGUGCAAAGCCGCCAAGAGGGCUGCUUGCCUGGCCUGCAAGUCACCCUCAGCGGGAGAGCUCUACAGCCAGGGUGGGGACCCGCGCUCGUGACAGGAUUUCUUAGUGAUUUCAGCUCUUUUAGUAUUUGUCUAGCAGGCUUCCUGAUGUGCCAGGAAGCCUCUGAGGACGGUGAAUAUCAGACUCGUGUGGUUCUGGCCGAGGUCAUCAAGGCCUUCGGCUCCCCGGAGAAUGCCCAGCGCAUGGAGGAGGCCCGGGAUAACGCCUGCAAUGACAUGGGCAAGAUGCUGCAGUUCCUGCUGCCCGUGGCCACCCAGAUCCAGCAGGAUGUGAUCAAAGCCUAUGGCUUCAGUAAUGAUGGAGAGGGGGUCCUGAAAUUUGCCAGACUGAUAAAAUCUUAUGAGUCCCAGGACCCAGAGAUUGCAAACAUGUCCGGGAAGCUAAAAGCCAUGUUCCUGCCUCCAAUGACACUGCCCCCACACGGGGCUGGUACAGGGGGUGUGGCUGCCUCCUGAAACUGGGACCCUCUGCUGGCCUUCCUGGGCAAGGUCACAUGACACUCAGUGUGUGAGAAUUUUUGGCUAGUUAUAUUCCAGGACUGCUCUCCACCAUUAUCAUCAGUGUGCUGCAAUUGGUCAGAAGAGCCACCUACUUCCUGGAAGCUCUGGAGCAACUGGCUUCUUUGUGCAUCUUUGAUUUUUGUGCUUGUGAAUAAAAGCUGCUUUGAAAAUGUC